AUGGCACAACAACAACAACAACAAAUUAAUGGAAAUGGUGCGGCGGAUUUAUCUUUAGAUGAUUCAAAAAAACAAGGAACACGAGUUUUUAAAAAAAGUAGUCCUAAUUCAAAGAUAACAUGUUAUCUCGGAAAAAGAGAUUUUAUUGAUUAUAUGGAUCAUAUAGAUCCAAUUGAUGGAGUUGUUCUAGUCGAUCCUGAUUAUGUUAAAGAUCGUAAAGUAUUUGCAUCUGUAUUAGCAGCAUUUCGAUAUGGUCGAGAAGAUCUUGAUGUACUUGGUUUAACAUUUCGAAAAGAUUUAUUUUGUUCAACUCAACAAAUUUAUCCUCCUAUUGAUGAUCAAAAAAAACCUUUAACAUAUUUACAACAACCUUCAGUUACAUUACAACCAGCUGUUGGUGAUACAGGAAAACCAUGUGGUGUUGAUUAUGAAUUAAAAACUUAUGUAGCAGAAGCUAAUGAAGAUAAAUCACAUAAACGAAGUUCUGUUAGAUUAGCAAUUAGAAAAUUAACUUAUGCACCAGAAGUUCCAGCACCACAACCGGUUAUUGAAGCACAUAAAGAUUUUAUGAUGUCACCUGCUCCACUACAUUUGGAAUGUACACUUGAUAAAGAGAUGUAUUAUCAUGGUGAAAGUAUCAAUGUUAAUGUUGUUGUUACAAAUAAUUCAAAUAAAACUUUACGAAAAAUUCGUAUAUCUGUUGUACAAAAUGCAGAGAUCUGCUUGUACUCAUCAACACAGUACAAAUGUGACGUAGCUGUACUUGAAUCGAGUGAAGGUUUUCCAUUAACUCCAUGUUCAACUUUAACAAAAGUUUAUUCAUUAAUACCACUUCUAGCAAAUAAUAAAGAUAAACGAGGUUUAGCAUUAGAUGGAAAAUUAAAACAUGAAGAUACAAAUUUAGCUUCAUCGACUAUAAUUCGAAAUAAUACACAAAAAGAAAAUCUUGGAAUUAUUGUGCAAUAUAAAGUUAAAGUUAAAAUAAUUGUUGCUAUGGGAGGAGAUUUAGCAGUUGAAUUACCAUUUACAUUGACUCAUCCAAAACCUCCUCCAACUUCUUCAUUAUCUCAACAACUUGAUCAACCAAAUAGUGAUGAUCCACAAGCAAACGAUGUACCUAUUGAUCAUAAUUUAAUUCAACUUGAUACUAAUUUUGAUAGUACUGCUCAUGAUGAUGAUUUUAUCUUUGAAGAAUUUGCACGAAUACGUCUUAAAGGACAUGAAGGUGGUCCAGAUGAUACUGAAGCUUAA